AUGUCAAUUGUGUCGAUUCACAAUUAUAAAAUUUAUUUUUUGGUUUAUAUUCUAGGUUUCUGUACCAUACUUCCACUUUAUCGCAGAAGAAGUGAUCAGUUUUCACUUGUUUUAUUUUACUUUUUAGGCUGUACACAAUUUUUUACAAAUGCAAUAAAUCAUACACAUUUAAAGCCCUCUUACGCUAAUGUUUAUUAUCAAAAUGGUACUAAAAUUGGUGAAUUUGACCAUCAAAUAGUUUCCAAAACCCAGUCAAAUUAUUCAUUAAACUGGAUUAAUAAUGAUGUGAGUAUGUAUAGAGAAUUUGGCCUAUUACUGAAAAAACGUAGUAGAAUAAACAGGUUUAACAAGGAGAUAGAACUGUUUAGAAGAGUACGUGAGAGAAGAAAGAAAUUCAAUGACCGUUUUGUGGAUAUUCGGAAGAUUAAUUUCAGGAAUUCUCGCUGUAAUUUACAGCUGCUGAGACUUCCAGUGUCUCCCCUCGUUGACCUAAACUCUAUAACACCCUUUAAAACCGUACUCAAUAUGAGAGAAGAAAUACCCUUUAAUCCAACUCCUAUGCUUAAAUUUAUAGGAUUCAGGUUCAAACCGCUAAUUAAUGCUCAAACUUCCUCUUCUGAUACCAACAACUUUGUCUGUUCGCCAAAUAAGGAAGAUGAAGAUAACAUAAACUUUUAUGUGCCUGGGAAAAGGGUUUAUGAUCGUUUUUGUAAACCUUAUCCAAUGGAUAGGCUUCUGGAAGUUAUGGAUGCCAGGAGUUGUGGUUACUAUAGUAGACUCGGCACUCCUUUUAAGAUAACUGGCGAGUCAGAUUCUCCUCCUACCCCAAUGGAUGGUAAAAUUGUUCCACCUGGUGGGAGUGUAGGUAGAGGUUCAGGCUUUGGUCUUACAACUCAAACCAAAGAACCAAAACGUGUGCCUAUAAGUCAGCUCAAAUUCUUUGAGGAUGAUGAAAAGAUACUGAAGUUUGAGGAGCUUUUUGAGACGGUCAAUGAUGACGGAGUAUCCUUUAAAAUCCCUUUGGAUCAAUCCAUUAAAGAUCCAUCUUUUAAAGAAUUAAUUAAUAGGACCUUUCCAAAGGACGUGGUUGAGAAUUUUGGUUUUGCAGUGCUGAAACUGCCUUAUUUGGAUGACGUGUGCGAAGAGGGUGACAUUUUCAGGAAUCCGAGAUAUUUGGGAGAAUACAGAUACAAGUACUGGUUCAACCCGUUUUACGGUUCUCCAAGCCUUCCCUGUGAUGCUAAGAAGCUAAUUGAGGAGUACAACGAAGAGCACCCUGAUGAGAAGAUCGAUUACGAGAAGGAACUUUUGUGUGACUUGGUCUACUGCCACUCUAACGGAACUAUUGUGGAGCUCAGGGAGAAUGUUCUUCCAUUCGACCCAAAGACAGAUGAUGUUGUGAUUGAGGGCGAGGACCCUAGGGAGCCCAGGUUUGUAGUUCACUGCGAUAAGAACUACAUCAAGGAGCACAACCUAAAGAAGGGCCAGAUCUUUGAUUUGGUUGACGAGGAGCACAGACGUUUGUACUACGACAACAUCUUCUUCCAGCCCAAGUGCUUUAGGCAUCCAAUUCAUUUGCCCGACGGUUCCCUUUUCUAUGAAAAUUUCAUACCAAAACAAAGGAACUAA